AUGUCUGGCUAUGAGAUGCACCUACACGACACCCACCCCGAUUACGACAACCUCCAACACCCAACCCGCGACAACAUAAUCAAUGUCGGCCGCUUCACAACAACCCACAAACUGAACGACAAAGUCGUCCGCAAACUCCCAACGGACAAAUCAAACCCCACCAACGUCCAAGCUCUCGACAUUGAAUCCCGCAUCUACCACCAUCUCGGCGAACACAAGCACAUAGCAAGAUGUCUGCGGUGCUGCGAGGAGUAUAUUGAUCUACGGUAUGAGCCACACGGGGACUUGCAGACGUUUCUGAGGAGGGAUGGAGGCACUGGGAAGGUGAAUGAUGGAUUCCGGUAUGGGGUUGCGAGGCAGGCGAUUGAGGCGGUUGCGUUUAUUCAUCAGAAAGAUAUUAUCCAUUCGGAUCUGUCGGCGAGGCAGUUUCUUGUUGAUGAAAAGGAAAAUAUCCGGUUAAGUGAUUUCGGGGGCUCGUCGCUGCAUGGCUCCGAUGCGAUGGUUAUUGAGGGGGCUACGCAUUAUAUGCCUCGGGGUGGGGAGCCGAACAGUGUGCGGAGUGAUAUAUUUGCGCUUGGGUCGACGCUCUAUGAAAUACUAGUUGGGAGGAUGCCAUACGAGGAGAAGGAGGAUGAUGAGAUUAGGAGGCUUUAUUCAGAGAGUGUGUUUCCGUUGGAUAAUAUUGCGCAUGAGGGGUGGAGGGAGGCUGUGAGGAAGUGUUGGAUGGGGGAAUGUAAGUCUGCAGAGGAUGUGCUUAAGGAUGUGUCGAAGCAUCAUCAUAUGAUUACUAAAGAGCUUUCAAAGGUGAAGCAUGCGUUUGAAGGUUGA